AUGGCUGUCCUAGAAAAUAGAGUUAAGGCAAAUAAUGCUGAUCCAAUAAUGAGAAAGGUGUUCAGUAAUUGGCAAUGGGCUGCUAACUAUGAUGAGGCACCAGGUGGUAGAAUUUGGGUAGUUUGGGACCGAACAAAGGUGGAGUUUGAGGUGAAACAAGCUCAUGAACAAUACAUAGCAGGGCAGGUGAGUGUGAGGCAUUGCAAUACCAAUUUCAACUUUGUUGCAGUGUAUGGAAAGCAUAACAUACAAGAUAGGAAGAUACUAUGGGAGGAUCUGAAAGGAACUAUGAAUGGAGUCACUGGCCCAAGCUUAAUAAUGGGGGACUUCAAUAGUAUUCUGUCUAUAGAGGACAGAGUGCAGGGGAAUCCAGUACAAGAAGUGGAGGUAAAAGACUUUAAAAUUUUCAUAAUUGAUGCUGGACUAGAUGAGAUCAGAACAAUGGGGAGAAAGUACACCUGGACAAACAAUCAUGUUCAUAGUAGAAUUGAUAGAAUACUUGUCAAUGCAGAGUGGAUACAAAAAUGGCCUACCAUGGAGGGGAUCAUUAUGAAUCCAAGAUUUUCAGACCAUUGUCCUCUAAAAGUAACUAUUACUGAUACUGUGAUGGAGGGAAAGCGACCUUUCAAAUUUUUCAAUUGUUUAGCAGCACAUCAUGACUUUGAUGAUAUACUCAAUCAAUGCUGGAGAAUGAGGCACAGGCAACUAAACAGUCAAGAGUAUAGCAGUGUUGGUCACAAGAUUCAAGCAGCAAGGAACAAACUUGAGAACAUUCAAAUGGGAAUGACACUUCUCGGAAAUGAUAAUGAAGCAAUAGUACAAAAGAAGGAGGAUAAAUUUGAAUUGGAAAAAUGGUUGGAAGUGGAGGAAAGUAUCGUGAAACAGAAGUCAAGAAUCAAAUGGCUCAAGCUAGGGGAUUCUAACACAUCAUACUUUCAUGUUUGUGUGAAAAACAGGCAGGCAAUGAAACAUAUAGGCAGAUUGAUGGAUAGUGCAGGGCAAAUUCUACAAAGUAACUCUGAAGUGGAAGAGGAGAUCCUAAGCUUCUACAAAAAAUUACUUGGUACAGCAGCUUCACAAUUACCAGUAGUUGAUCCAGAAAUUAUGCAGAGUGGAUACACCUUUAACAGGCAACAACAACUGCAGUUAAUUCAGCCAAUCACUAAAGAGGAAGUGAAGAAAGCUUUACAUGGCAUUGAUGAUAGCAAGGCACCAGGAUGUGACUGA